UACACAGGUUCUACUGUGGCUAUAGACCAGCAAGCUGACCUUGGUGUUGGGUACACUGAUCUCAGCUUCUGGGGAAUCAUCCCAUUGUAAUGAACUUCUUCUAAUACUAAGUCACCAUGGCAAAGUGUAUCCUACCACUGUAUCAGCCACUGGAGAGCAAGAUCCUCCUGGAGUUAGACAAGGAGCUGCAGACCCAGAUGGCCAAGUGUAGGCAGGACUUCUGGGACCACAGUGACAGGUUCCUGGACUCUAUAGCCCAAACUGGCCAUCUGGACCACAGGCUGUGGAGAAAUGUCUGUGAAGAAGACCAACACAUCCUGGAUGCAGUAUUUUGGGAGCAGCUAGUAGCUGAGGAAGGGGAGCUGACAGAGGAGUCAGCUCUAGCUGAGAAGUUAAGAGAAAACAAUGUUCUAAUUAAAAACCAAGAACAACAGCUGCAAAAAUUACAGAAAACAAUUCAAGAAGGUAGACGUCUCUCCUCCCUGCUCUGUCAGCUCCUGCAGGGACUCCUUGCCCACAGGGGCCCUGAUGAAACCCAGAAUCAGGUCUUCUGGCAGCAGCUGACUGAAGGAAACCGGCUGGCAGAACACCUCCUCAGUAAGCUCAGCCCAGAAAACCAAACUACUGAGCAGGAGGGGAACAAGCAGGAACCCACAAGCACAAGGCUCAUCACUAUGCUUCGGGAAUGGACAGAGAACGCUGCCCCAAGGCACUCACUAGAUGGGCUCCAUCUGACUUACUCAUCCCUUCCUGAUGUGUCUGAUUCCUACUGGCCUUAUAGAAGCUCUGCCAUCCUGGCCUGGGAGGGAGAAGGAGUCUCUCCUGCUCAGCCUGUAGCUGAAAACCAUCCAAAUUUUGAGGAGGAGGAUAAUGAUAAUGACAAUCAAGAUAACAGUCCCUCCUACCCCAUGAGGAGCAGCAGGGAGCUGCCUGAGGGAGAAGAGGAUGAGAUUCAUCAGGACUCACUGGAUGAAGGUCAUCUGACUCCUUCAAUUGACCACAAUCUGUCAGAUGAUCACAGACAUUAUGGACAUAUCUCAUUGUCACCUGUUGAACAUGAAAAUUUAGUUGAGGAUGGAGAAGAAAAUAAAAUCACUGACCUGGAUAAGGACAAACAAGAAAUCAUAAGUACAAGGCUCAUCACUGUGCUUCGGGAAUGGACAGAGAAUGCUGCUCCAAGGCACUCACUAGAUAGGCUCCAUCUGACUUACUCAUCCCUUCCUGAUGUGUCUAUUUCCUAUUGCCCUUACAGAAGCUCUGCCAUUCUAGCCUGGGAGGGAGAAGGAGUCUCUUCUGCUCAUCCUGGAGUUGAAAACCAUCCUUAUUCUGAGGAGGAGAAUGAUAAAGACAGUCCAGAUCCCAGUCCAUAUUCUCCCAUGAGGAUCAGCUGGGAGUUGUCUGAGGGAGAAGAGGAUGAUGUUUCUGAGGACUCACUAGCUGAAUGUUACCUGACUCCUUCUGUUGGAUAUGACCUGUCAGAUAAGCUUUAUGAGUAUGUCUCAUUCUCACCUGCUGAGCAGGAAGUCUCAACUCAGGGUGUAGAAGAGCUGGGUUUGGAUACACCUAUUGGAAUGAAGAGCCAUCCCAGGCUGGGAGCUGACACUCUUGGUGGUCUGGCUGAUGACAAGGCUGAGUGCAAAGUCACUGAUCACACUAAUGUUGCCAGUGUCCUGAAACCCAAGAUAAUAAAAAAGAAACUUCCAUUUUGCAAAUGCAAAAUAGCAUGCUGCUUCCCAGGCCUAUAAAUUUAGGAUACAAAGAUGCUACAUGUACUUAUGCAAAUAUAUAUAGUGUUUAUAUGAAGAAUCAUAUUAUAUAAAGUGUGUCUUUUUUAUUAAUGAAGAAAGUCUAAACCAGCAAAUCAACUUAAAACCAAAGAGAUUACCACAAGAAUAUGUUCAAGUAUAGUUAUCAGAACCACAAGCCACCACAAACCCAAAAAGGACUGGUUAGGUGGGGAAAGUCUCAGGUCUUCAACCUCAACUGUGAAGCAUACUAAGAAGACUAGUAUCUAGAUGAAAAUACGGGUUUACUCCUAAACUUGACCUCCCAAUUCUCACCCAGCACACAGCCUCGUCAGGAGCACCUAGAGGAAGAGAUAAUCUCAAAUUGUGCAUUCUUUGACCUCACAUGAGCUGUACUAGAAGCAGACAGCAGAGUCUGGGCAGUGUUCUUGCUGAAAUAUUUAACCUGAACUCAAUCAGGAGAGAACUAUCAACCACAGAGUUUAGCCCAAAAAGUAAGAAAACACACCUGACCUGUCUUUCUUCAAACUUCCCAUGUCACCAUCAAUUAGAUGAUGAAAAGAGAAAUUUUGGAAGCAGAGAGAUGCAAUGAUUGUACUACCUAGUUUUGUCUUUCUGAACCCAAAACACUCUCCUCUUUUCGUGUGGCCUUAGUGGUGGUGACAUGUAUUCUUUGAAGAUAGUAGGUUAGUAUCUGACUCAAUGGUCCACUUCUGACACUAUGGUGAUACACUUUGGGUUGAACUCAGACUCACCCUUUAACAUGAAUAUGGCAUAAUCAAUGCUGUCAGCUUCCUUCCAAAGCUCACAAAGAGAACACAGUGUGCUAUCUCCAUCACUUGUGAUAGUGAUCACUUUGUUGAGGACACUAAAAGUAUAAUCAUUGUAAAUGCUCAGCGAUUUAUUUUUAUAAUUAUUUGGCUAUUCCUUGAAUGACACUUUGGAAGAAUGUGCUCUCACAAAGACCUGAAGACUGUACUAUACUCAAAUGCACUAUAAUCAAAUGCUAUGUUCCUAUUUGUGUAUUGGCAAUUUUAUUAUUGUAAUUCUAUAA